CAGGUUGCGGAGGCUGCCUCAAGGACCACAAUUCCCAGGGUGCUGCACGCCUUCGCCGCCGCCGGGAGCAAGAUGGCAGCUAAGCUCGCCGCCUUCCUCAAGAACGCCUGGGCCAAGGAGCCGGUGCUGGUGGUGUCCUUCACCAUUGGAAGCCUCGCGGUAAUUCUGCCCCCACUCAGCCCCUACACCAAGUAUGCCAUCAUGAUCAACAAGGCCACACCCUACAACUACCCAGUCCUGUUUCCCUCCUUGAAUUCCCCCCAACAGCCCGCUCUUCUCUGCAGGGCCUUAGAGAUCUGCCGAUCUCAGUGGCCCACCCUCAUGUCUCACAGUACCCCUCCGAGAUGAUGGGAACAUGCCUGACGUGCCCAGCCACCCCCAGGAUCCCCAGGGCCCCAGCUUGGAGUGGCUGAAGAAACUGUGAGCACUCCAUUGACAGGAAGGAGCACCCCUGCCUAAUAAAAUGUGAAAACCAA